CGCAUCUGACUGCCUUCACAUACAGUUCUCUGUAGCAUCAACUAUGAAGACUUUGAUCGCUGUACUGUUGGUUGCCUGCGUGGCAGCAGAGCAGAAGCGCGAGGCUGAGCCUUCUUAUGGCCAUGGUGUGGGCUUGUCCCUUCCUCAUGGCGUUGUCAGCGGUCGGCAGUAUGGCGUCGGGUAUGGGCACGCAGCCAUAGCUCACCAUCCAUAUGGCGGUCGGUCCUUUGUCCAAAGCUUCAACCAUAAUCUUCACAAACGAGAAGCUGAACCUGGUUUCGGCCUGCCCUCAUAUGGUUAUGGAUAUGGUGGCGGCAUCGGCUAUGGUAUCGGUCAUAGCCUUGGAUACGGACCCGCCGUAGCUUACCACCCAUAUGGCGGUCUCUCCUACACUCGCUCCUACAACCACGUCCUCCACAAGCGUGACGCUGACCCAAGCUAUGGUCACACUCACGGUCUCACAGGAUCGGUCUACGGAUACGCUAGCUCCGUCACCCAUCCAGGAUACGGCUAUUCGUACCAGCAGAGGCAUGGAGUAGUACCCGCACAUUACGCCUUAUACUAACUUUCUACUCGUCAAGAGGUUUUUCAUGUGAAGCUAAAUAAAACUUGAUUUUA